GAUUUCUUAAGCAAUUUAUUCACUCAUUUAUUGUCUCAGAUUCUUUCUAGGAACAAAGACAAUACCUUUAUACUGGAUGAAAUUAAUAGUCUAUGUAUCCAAAAUGAUAGACUUUACAAACAUAGGGUCAUAUGUAUAAAUUACACAACCUACAAUGUCAGAAGAGUGUAG